AUGCGCCUCGACUACUUCGUGCUCCUUGCUAUAGCGGGUUUUCUGGCAGGUGUCGAUGCCGCCUCCGUAGCGUCGCCAGGCUUGUCGACUGCGACUCAUUCAAUCGCAAGCGACCAGGAGGACGCCGGUGUCCAAAGGUUUUUGAAGGCCCUCAAGGAGCCGACAACCACGAAGAGAGGUAACACCGAGCUAUCGAGAAGGUCGCGAGUGCUAUCAAAACCGGGAUCACGAGGUCUCAAUACGUCGACGAUUUGUUCACGCGACUCAGCCUCCACGACAAGAAGGGCUUCCUGUUUGGUGUCACUGAGAUGA